CCCACCUUCCAUUCUGCCAAAACCACGUCUCUCUCUCUCGAUUCCUCUCCCUUCCGAGCUCCUAUCAUCUACCAGAAGAAAAAGGACUGUGGUGAUCAGAUGUGUGGAGGCGCCAUCAUCUCCGACUUGAUCUCUCCUCGCGACAACACCCACCGACCCUCCACUUCCGUCUUCUGGCCCGACUGCACCGACUGCCACUGUAUCCCGCCACCACUCGAGAAAGUCCAGAGGAAGCGGGAGCGGAAGAACCUGUACCGAGGAAUACGGCAUCGGCCGUGGGGGAAGUGGGCAGCGGAGAUCCGCGACCCGGUGAAAGGCGUUCGGGUAUGGCUGGGCACCUUCGCCACUGCUGAGGAGGCCGCCCGCGCAUACGACCGCGAGGCCCGCCGGAUCCGCGGCAAGAAGGCAAAGGUCAACUUCCCCAACGACGAUCCCCUCCCCAACCCCCCGCGCCGGCGCCCCGCAGCCACCGUUAGCUCGUACGAAGCAAGGUGGCUCUCCGAUCAGCCGACAACAGCGGCGGCCCACGCAUCGUACACGAUGAACUUGUAUGAGGUGCCGUACAUGGAGAGCGUUGUGCCCUCGACGGGGCCUCCGGGCAUGGAGAUGCUCUGGAGUUUUGAUGACGUCACUCCAUCUUCUGCUCCUCUUUAGACGAUGUCGAUGCAUGUCUGGAUGCAUCUGUGACCAUUAGGACCGGCUGCUACGUACUGUCCUUGUACUUCUUUGGACCUCUAAUGGUUUGUCUUUCUCUCUAUUAGGUUUUGAUGUUCCUAUCUUCGUUGAUGUGUUGAUGGUGGUGUUAACUAUCAAGUUUUGCUGUGUAAAGUGGGUCUUUGUAGUGAGACUAUCAACUCAAACAAGGCCUUUGUUUGGGGUAAUAACCAUAGCUCUAUUUGUCGUCUUUUUC